GCGGUGAGGACGGCGGGCUCGCGAGAGAAGGCGGCGGCGCGCAGCCCCCCUGGAGGAGUUGUUUUUGUUUUUCAAUCCCCUGAGGAUGUUUGCAAAAGCAACAAAGAACUUUGUGAGAGAGGUUGACUAUGGAGGAGACCUGAUCCCGGUAUCUAGCCUGAAUAACUUGGAUAAAUUGCAGUUCCUGAGCUUAGUGACAAAGAAGAAGAAGACCUGGUGCUGGCAGAAGCCAAAGUACCAUCUCUUGUCAGUCUCGCUGAAUGAUGUGCUUGCGAAAGGCGAACCCAUAAAACCAGUCGUGGUGGAAUCUGAUUUUGUGAAGUAUGAGGGAAAGUUUGAAAACCAUGUCGGGGGAAGCAUUGAAACUUCGUUUGGGAAGAUUAAUCUCGGAGCUGGAGGAAGAGGUGUUGUAGAAAGCCAGUCAUCUUUUGGAAAUCUAAAAAAGCAAGAAGCUGACUUGCAGAAGCUUAUGAAAGAUGUCAAGGGAAGGACAAUCAAUCUACACCACGUAUUGUUGCAGCAAAUGCUUGAAAGAAAGCAUGAAGUUCUUUGUAUCCUGACUGAAAGAAUAGUCACAACUCAGAAAUGUUUAAUAUCUGAACAUAUUCAAACUGAGGAGAAAAUGGCUAGCAUGGUGGGAAUCCAUACAAAAAUUAUAAAGGUAUCAGUGAGUGAAGAUGGGAAUGUGAUAAAGGAUUCGAAUGUCAUCCUAGAGAUUCCUGCUCCUACGGCUAUUGCUUAUGGUGUAAUAGAACUGUAUAUAAAGCGUGACGGUCAAUUUGAAUUCUGCCUGCUUCAUGAGCAAGAAGGCGGCUUUGAAAGGGAGAGCACGGAGAGCUCGUCUUACUGCUCUUUAGGCUUCCGAGAUGCUCUCUUCCCCCAUAUUCUGGAUGCUGUGGAUAACGAGAAGCCACCUGGCCCUGACCGCCCCAGGGAUGUUCCAUUAAGUAUCCCCAGCGAUGCUCCAUUAAGCAUUUUGAGCAAAGAUGUCCUACAAUACAAGACCCAAUUCCAGCCAUUUGUGAGGCUAUCAGAUGGAAAGCGGGAAGCAUUAUACAAAACGCUCUGUGAAUUUCUGCUUCAUGAAGAAAUUGUGGUUCAGCUGGAGGAUGUGCUGGACAAUAUAUGUUCCGAAGACAAUCCAGAACUCCGAGUAAUGAAGGAUUUAAAGCCACCAGAGGAGCACAGCAUGGAGGAGUUCUUACAUCUUUUAGGAGUCCAUUUACAGAACAAGCAGUUGAUACAGAAGGAUCCAAUUCAUAAUAAGGAUCUCCUCUUAGCUGCUCAUAUCCUCCUCAGUGCUGUGGCAGAACUGUCAGAUUAUGCCCUUGUCCUGCUGCGUGCCUGCUGUGAUCUCCAGGUCGUCCCUACUCUGUGUUGCUUGCCUAAUGUGACCUCAACGGAUGGCAAGUUGACACUGGCAGAUCCGAUGCUUGCUCCGCUUGCUGACACAGGAAGAUUUUGGAUAGCACAAAGGCUAUUUGCUUUAUCAAACAUUAACCUUGAAAUGACAGAAUCUUCCAUAAGGGCUGUAACCAUGAAGAAGCCCAGAUUGUUUCCUAUCAUUCUCUACAUAGCAUUGUAUGGACUUUGGGUCUUAGGCUGUAAAACAGCUCAAGUUUGAAGUAACGGCUUGGAUGGUUUAAUAGCCGAAACAGCCACAUUAUUUAAUAUCUGUCUUUGUGACAAGUGUUGAAUCUGGCUGAUUAGCUGCAGUGAAACUGGAACAUCAGCAAAGAGGCUGUGUCAUUGAAGCAUGGCAGUAGUUGAAACUGACUGUAUUAAUGAACAAAUCUAAAAAAGCCAUGGAAGGAUACUUCCAUCAGCAAUAUUAACACACUGUCCUCAAACAUUACUGGUGCCAGUGAGCCAAAACCAUUUAGUCUCUCUAUUGGAAGCCCUCAUUUCGCUUGCUGUUAACUAGUGUUUGUACUAGCUAGAGCAGCCUUCCCCAGCCUGGUGCUCUUCAGCUGUGUGCUCUUCAGCUCUUCCCCAAGUUCCCUUGCUUUUUAUCAGCGCCUUGCUGGUUCAAAUUACUUGUUGAGACGUCCUUUUG